AUUCAAUAUGGCGGCUGUACUUGCUUGAACAUAUUGACACAACUCGUUAUAAGAAAAGACCAUUAUUGUUCUUCAUAGCCUAAACUACCGCCUACUGGUGAUUUAAAAUGGAGCAAAGAUAUGUAUCCACGGCUAUAUCAGAUUUGGUAUUGGCUGUGGUGUCGUUUGGAUGUGCUUGUAACUCGACACUUCUGAGACUCAGUUCACAUACAGUGUUCGGUUUUGUCCUGGUUGGCAUUGCUGCUUCGUUUGGUGUGUUAAGAUUUGGUGUAGUUCUUCCAUCGUAUCAUAAUGUUGUUAUCAAGAUUCAUGGAUAUCUGUCGUGGUUUGCUUCCAUAGUUGGUGUGCCACUCAUAGCUGCGGGAUUCUGCUUCCAUCACCUAAAGCAAAGCCUCGGCAACCUACACCUGGCAAGUGCUGGAGCUGGAUUCAUGCUAUCAUUUGUACCAACUUCCCUCAACAAAAACCUGUCCAAGCUUGUAAGCACUUUUGCUGUCGUUGGGAUCAUAUUUGUUUCCAUAGUGGAUAAAAACAUGUUUGGUAUCUGUGGAUGUAUUGCAUAUAUAGCUGCUGGGGGACUGGAACCUAUUGAUAGACUCUUUGGACUGAGGGGGGUAGACUGGUUUCAUUAUGUUCUUGCUGUUGGUAAUGUGUUCUUUAUGUGUGGUAUAACACUAGUCAAGGCUAGCUAGGGUGUAAUGUUUUUCCACUAAAUCCAGACUGCAUCGUCAUCUUGGGAAUAGAAUUUGUUGAGUCUCAUCCAUUUGUUAAUGAAUCAUUCAAUUGUAAGUGGUAAACAAAAGAAUUAUUCUCAAGGGAUUCAAUGGUGUGGUCUGAAAUGGGGAAAUAUUGUAUCCCAGCAAAAAGUUUAUUUUUAUUUUUGGAGGUGUUUUCAGACUUUUUUGUAACCUUAACAACUUUUAAAUGUUGCUAAUUAAAAAUUUGUUGAGUCAGGGUCUUGACCUUUGUAAAUUUUGAUGGGCUGAAACCACAAUAAACCUCCUUGGCUCAGGAAAUGUUUUCCCAUUUCAGACCACAUAUCAUUCCCUUGAGUAUCAUUUCUUUGUUUAAGGUUUGCACUCGGUUGCACAUGAGAAGACACAUGAAUAUGGAUACAACUCAAACAAAGAAUAUUAUUCUCAAGGGAAUGACAUGUGGUCUGAAAUGGGACAACAUUAUGCUCGAGCUGAGGAGGUCUUUGUAUCAGGAGUUGUCUGGGUUACGUAGGCCUCAUAAAUAAUAGCACUUAUACUAGAUAUUUUUUAUUAACUGUUAUAUAUAUGUAAUGUAAUUAUGUGAAUUAAGUUCUCAAAGAAAUAAUUUGCAUUCUCAGAGUUACUUCAAUUUUCAUAAACAUGCAAGCUCUGUGUCUCUCAGUUGCACGCUGAAAUUCAUUUUUUCCGGCAAAAAUAUUAAAGGUACCGACUGAUUAGGUGUGAUUGAUGGCAGUGAAAAACCAAAUUUCAGCAUGCACCUUGCAGACAGAGUCCACAUGUUUAUGAAAAUUGCAGUAACAUGAAUUACUAUCACAAAAAUGUUUAUAGAUGUACCUAGAAAAUUAUGUAUGGCAAAUUAUUAAAAAUGUAGAGGUGUUUAUUUUUAA